GACAGACAGACAGAGAGACAGACAGACGGACGGACGGACAGACAGACAGACAGAAACAAUUAGCCUCUCAUCAUGGACAGGUUGAGAUGUUCCAGCUCCGGAUGACUUCCUGUCUGUUGUCCCUCCUCUUCCCUUUGAUGUUCUCCAUCAUGGCCGCUGCUCAACCCGCCGGCUGCAAAAUCCGAAUCACUGACAAAGGACUCGAUAUGUUGAAGUAUGAGACUCAGAAGUUUGUUGAAGAAGAGCUCACUAACAUCUCGAUGCCAGAGAUGAAGGGCAAAGAAGGACGCUUCCAAUACACCAUCACUAACGUGAAGAUAACCGAGUUGAAUCUGACUCACGCUGAACUGCAGUUCAUCCCUGAAGUCGGUUUGCUGUUUGACGUCCAGAACUCAUCGAUCUCGCUGAGUUUCCACCGACGGAUCCUCUACUGGUUCUUCUACGACACAGGAAACAUCAACGCGUCGGCCGACGGCGUGAACAUCAACACAGCUGUGAACCUGAUCCGGGACGAGGAAGGACGACUGAAGAUCAAUAACAUCACCUGUGAUGCCAGGAUCUCCAAAAUGAGGGCAAAGUUCAGCGGAACGCUCGGGAAAGUUUACGACUUCCUGGCCAGCUUUCUGACAACGGGCAUGCGCUUCCUCCUCAACCAACAGAUCUGUCCCGCUCUGAAUCACGCUGCUCUGGUUCACGUGAACUCGAUGUUGCAGUCGAUCCCUGUGAGGUCGGAGGUCGAUUACUAUAUUGGUAUUGAUUAUUCUCUGAUCGAAGAUCCCGUGGUGACGUCCAGGAGCCUCGACAUGCACUUCAGGGGGAUGUUCUUUGAUCUGUCCGAUCCAAAUAACACGUUGGUGAACUACGCCAUCGACCCGGUCAUCAGAGAGUACGACCGGAUGGUUUACCUCGCUCUGUCCGAGUACUUCUUCGACAGCGGGAUGUAUUCUUACUUCAAAGCAGGAAUCUUCCAGAUGCACAUCGUCAACGAGAAGAUGCCCAAAGACCUGCAGAUGCUGUUGAGAACCACCUACUUUGGAGCCAUCAUGAUGCUGAACCCGGCUCUGGUGGACGCUCCGAUGUCUCUUCAAUUCGCCGUCAACUCUCCUCCAAAAACCUUCAUCAAGACGUCCGGAGCAACGGUCGUCAUGACAGCCAUCGUCAAGGUGAUAGUGCUGCCUCCAGGUCAGCCUCCGGUCCAGCUCAGCAGCAUGACGAUGGAAGCAAAGUUUAACGCUAAAGUUUCCAUGAAGGAAAAACGCCUGGCCGUUCAUGCUGACCUCCGCAGAUUUAAAAUAUUCUCCAAUCAAUCGGCUCUGGAAUCUCUGGCAUUGAUUCCUCUGCAGGCUCCUCUGAAGACCAUGUUGCAGAUGUCUGUGGUUCCUUUAAUCAACAACUGGACAAAGAGAGGGGUUCGCAUCCCUCUGGCUGAUGGGAUGGAUUUCAUUGAGGAAGUAGUUGAAUAUCACAACGGUUUCAUCUUGAUCGGAGCGAAUCUUCACUUCAGCAAAGGACUGAGAGAAAUGAUCACAGGGAGCAAUCAGACAGAACCAGACACCAACUCUGUCUAAAUAUAUAUAUAUACAUAUAUACACACACGAUGUGAAUAUAUAAUACUUACAACAUACAGUAUAACAAUA